AUGCCUCUCUUUGUAAACCGGGACCAAAUAUUUGCGCAUCAGGUAUACCUGCUGGAGCACAAACUGAGGAGUAAAGAGGAGCGCAUACUGGAACUGGAGACAGAGAAUGCUAUUCUCCAUUUAAGACUCGCCGAGUGUUUGGGGAAACUCCGUCGGGACCAUGAAGAGGAGACCCUGAACUAUCAUCAGCACCAGAGGGAUGCUCAGAAGAUAACCCUGACUGCCCUCGCCAAACUACUCGCUGAGGUCCAGGCUGUGAAGCAGGACUUGAGUGAACUUUUCGCAGUUUAUUUCAGUUUUUCCAGUGAGCUGGAGGAGCAGAGCAAGCAGCUGCUGGAAAAAGUAGAGCAAGCCAGCUGUUCUCUGAAUGGUCACCGUGGAAACGAGGUUCAGAAUUUGCAAGCUGGUGUUGUAGCUCUGGAGCGCUCUCUGGAGGAGGAGAGGGAGAGGUGCAGGGCAGAGAGGCAGCGAAGGAAAGAACUCCAUAACGCACUGGUGGAGUUGAGAGGGAACAUCCGAGUUCACUGCAGGGUGCGACCGCUUCUUCCCUUUGACCACGUCCAGUCCUCCACGUCUGGAUCAAGGCCGAUGUCAUCAGAAGAAGUGGUCUCUGCAAUCAGCGAUGACACGGUGAUGGUGAAUUGCAUAAAACCAGGGAUGCCGCUGCAAAGCAAGAUGUUUGAGUUUGAGAGAGUGCACGGAGCAGAGGAUUCACAGGAGACCGUGUUUCAGGAAGUCCAGCCGCUCCUCACUUCCCUGAUGGACGGCUAUAAUGUGUGUAUCAUGGCGUACGGGCAGACAGGCAGUGGGAAGACUCACACCAUGAUGGGAUCCCAGCUGCUGGAGGAGCACUCAGGGACGCAGCAGGAGGCACAGCAGGGUAUUAUCCCCAAAGCUGCUGCUGAGCUCUUUCGGCUGAUCUCUGAGAAGCCCGCAGAGAGCCUCACAGUGGAGGUAUCAGUGAUGGAGGUGUAUAACAACGAGGUGCUUGACCUUCUGGCCAGAGAUGCUCAGGGCAACAGUGCCGACCAGCGCCGGGACGUCAUCACCACCUCCUCUGGCACCAGCCAGGUCACCUCCCUCACACAUGAGACUGUGCAUAAUGCCUCUGAGGUGAUGCAGAUCAUCAGCAGUGUUUUAAAGCUCAGGGCUCACUGUCCCACCCUCGUGCACACCGACUCCUCGCGCUCCCACCUCGUUGUCACCCUCACGAUUUCCUCCAAGAGCCCCAACGCUCUGGCCCUGGCCCGCAGGCUACAGAGUGCCAAGAAGGACAUGCAGCGCACCACUCGGAAGGAGUGGUGGAGUCCACGCUGUCGGCGUGCCAACCCUGAUGCCCACCACUCAUCUGAUGAUCAUCUCUUCGCAAGCACGCCCUCCUCUCCAUGCCACUCCCCUUCCCAUUCUCCAUGUCCCUCCCCCAGGCCCAGCAUCUCUCAGGCUGCUUUCAGGACCAAGCUGCAGCUGGUGGACCUGGCGGGUAGCGAGUGUGUCGGUAUGUCUGGAGUUUCGGGUGCAGCUCUGUGGGAGGUGUCCUGUAUAAACCGCAGUCUCUCUGCUCUGUCCGAUGUCCUGGGAGCUCUGGCCGAGCAGAGACCACACGUCCCCUACAGGAACAGCAAACUCACUCAUCUGUUACAGGAUGCCAUAGGUGGCGAUGCCAAGCUGCUGGUGAUGCUGUGCGUCUCUCCCACGCAGCGCUUCAUCACCGAGUCGCUGCAGUCUCUGGGCUUCGGCUCGCGGGCCCGUCAGGUCCAGAAGGAGCUACCGCGAAGGAAGAAUCCCACCCUCAAAGUUAAGUGA